AUGAGGAUCAUAUUCUCGUUACUUACGCUUAUACCCCUAGCUUUAAGCUACUCCCCAUCCAAUGUGAUACAAGCUAAUGACAAAGACUUCCAACAAAUUGUCACUACCCCAGGUAAAUUCACAUUUGUUGAUUUUUAUGCCGAUUGGUGCCGUCAUUGCAAAAAACUAUCUCCUGUAAUUGAUCAAUUGCUGAAUCUAUUUGCUGACUAUCCUGAAAUCCAAGUGGUUAAGAUCAACGGAGAUAAAGAUGGGAAAAAGAUGAGUAAAAAAUACGUUGAAAUUGGAUAUCCAACAUUAUUGAUCUUUGAUGAUCUGGGGAACCAUGUUGAAUUUGAUGGAAUUAGGGAUAUUGAUGCCUUCAGUAACUUUAUUCAACAAUUUAGUGGUAUAAGAUUGGACCAAUCGAAACAAAAAGAAGUUGAAGAAAUUGUACAAGAAGAAGACAAUAAAGAUGCCGUGAUAUCUCUUAAACCUGAGCUGUAUGAACAACAACUCCAAGACACCCAAUAUGCCAUUGUAACAGCUGAAGGAAGUUGGUGUUCGUUUUGUAAAGAAUUUGCUGGUGUAUUUGAUCGAAUUGCUAACACAGUUUAUGCGAGGAAUAGAAAUAUUGUGUUUGCCACAUUGACUGUUGAUGAGCAAGGGAAUGGACAAGAGGUACUUGACAAAUACAGCGUCAAUAGAUUACCAGCAUUGAUCCUUGUCAAAAAUGGUGAUUUCGACAAUGCAGUUGUGUAUGAGGGAGAUUUGAGAAGACUUAAUAAAGUGGUCGACUUGAUAAAUGACUUCACCGGAACAUUACGUGACACAAUGGGAGAGUUAAAAGAGGGUGCAGGUGUGAUUCCACAAAUAAGUGAAUUAAUUGCAAAGGCGAAUGGUGAUUAUGAGGAGUUAUUGAGUAAAUUGGACGAGACUAAUGGGGACACUGUUGAUUUCUAUAAAUCAGUUGUGGAGAGUUUGUUGACUGACCCCAACGCAAUAAAUGUGGAAUACAACAGAAUCAGUUUGAUCUUGGACAAGGAUGUAGAUAAAUUGGGUGGUGUUGUGAUUGAUUCAUUAAAGCAGAGAUUGAACGUGUUGAAUCUGUUUCGAUUAUAA